AGUAUGUUUUCUGCGCCAAUAUUUCAAUUGUCCUACUAACACCGCGGGCUAGGAAAAAGAAUUUUCGGAAUCAUUAGGGAAAUUUAUACUUCUGGGGUAUUCUCUGCGUGACUUCAGCGAUCAGAGGGCGUAUAGGGCUUUUCAUCAGGGGCGUUUAGGUCAGGUACAAAAUUUCCUUAUGGUAGAAAGGGUCUCUUGACAAGGGACGGGCUCGGGCGCUAUUCCAUACCCGCAUCCAAGAACGUCACCGCGUACCAAAAUCCUCGCUCCUCAUAAUUGACCCUAUGAUGUUAUUAUUGUUAUUGAAUUGACGUUCGAGACCCUUUUACGUGCUUGCGCUGGCCCCUCAUCUACGUACCCAGUUACUAGAGCCGAGAGCUUCCUCCAGAUAUCGACGUCGAAACAUCAACACUCACUGCUCGCCAUUAUUCAUCGCAAUGCCUACAAAUCCAAUGCCGCGCUCGUUGACUUCACGAGUAUUGAGCACAAUCUCGUUGAGACCUCUCGGCAGCAAGUCGUCCAGCAAUAUGGCAUUGUCAACACACCAGAUCGAAGUAUACGAGGACUGUAUUUCCAAACUCAGAACAGAGAUCUUUAAGCUGGAGGACCAGCAAACAAAACUCCUCUCUGCAUUGAUCAUUAUCAGCAGAUGUAUCAAAUCAGAUCUGGCCCCCUCCCGCAACUACAAGCCUUUCCCAUUCGCCGACGAAGAGGACGAGAAAGAACUUCUAUGCUCAAUUGACGACCACAUCGAAUACCUUGCCGCUGAACUACAACAAAUUCAAAACCGCGUAUGGAAAACGUCUUUCCAACCAUCGAGAUCUGGGCGGCCAGGGAAAGUUCCAGAGAGCGAACGACGAAUACUACCCCCGACGAGUAUUAUCGAGGACUUCUCUAAGCCACAAUUACAAUUGGUUAUUGAUCUAGGUCAACUCAUCGUCAAGAAGGCAGAACUCAUGGUUUGGUCAGAUUUAUUGGAGGGAAACCUGGUGUUUUGGAGUAAUGUCUGGAAAGAAGUCCAAAAAGGAAGGAAGCUGAAAGACUGUCGCUGCGAUCGGUUACGACCUCCUUUCUCAGAAGGCCACAAGAUCAAGGACGACAUCCCGAUCAGCCCAAGAAGUAGUGUCCGACCGUCCCUCACCAGAUCCAACGCAGUUAGAUGUACGAAGAACGGUCGUAUUCGAAGAAAAGAAGUACCUGUUCAGGAGUUGAUUGAUCGAUUUCUGAAGAAAGUUGGUGACGGGGACGGAGAAGAGAGCAAGAGAGAUGACGAACGCCACGACUCUGCAAUUAGUAUGGACAUAGAUGGACAUAAGAGCAAUGGUCACAAUUCGGUGAAUGAUCUGGCCAUUGUUAAACAAGACUCUGGAGUUGAUGUCGGAGAGGGCGACGGAAAAGGAGAGGGCAGGCUUCGAAGAAAGAGUGCCUGAUGUGCUGUCUUGGGAUCAUUACCCAACUUUCCUCUUAUUGAGAUUGCAGGGAGGACCGACGAACAAGGGGUGGACAUGCGAUUGUAGAAUUAGGACGAAUGACUUGUUGAUAUAUUGUAUGGAGACUACGAUGAAUGAAAAUUAU